AAUCUCAACGGCUCGCCAAAAUUCUUCUCGUCUUUGCCGCGUAAUCUGCGAUCUCGCUCCAAGUCGAUAACCCUGCUUAGUGCUUUGAUUUUUCUCUUCGGAUUUCGCAUUUUCUCUGCGUUUCUGAAUUCACCGUCUGUUUCCGGAGUUGAAAGGCGAUUUCAUUUUAUACACGGUUUCACUAUCCAAUUUCUGCCUCAAUCUGGAUUCUAUUUGGACAACUGCUGAAUUCUGUGUCCAAAGCUCGUUUUCGAUAGAUUGCAAAGUUGAACUCAAAAGAGUGUAUUGUUGAUUAAUUCAUUCUGAAACGCUGAAAUGAGAUGCAAUGCUUGCUGGCGGGAGUUGGAAGGGCGAGCCAUCGCCACCACCUGUGGUCACGUCUUGUGCACCGAAGAUGCCGGUAAGAUCCUCAGCAAUGAUGGUUCAUGUCCUAUUUGUGAUCAAGUGCUCUCUAGAAGUCUUAUGAAGCCAAUGGACAUCAAUCCAAAUGAUGAACAGGCCAAUAUGGCCAUGGUGGGAAUAUCUCCUCAAACAUUAAUGAAGUCCUCGUAUAGAAGUAUAAUGUUUUAUAUUGGGCAAAGAGAUUUGGAGAUGCAAGUCAAGAUGAAGAAAAUAGUGGCUCAGUAUCGGCAGAAAUAUGAAGAAAUGCAAGAGAAACUUACACAGAAAGUGGAGGAGGCUUAUGGUGCGUACCAGAAAAUGGGUAAGAGGUGCCAGAUAUUGGCUCAAGAGAAUGAGAAUCUGGCGAAGGAUAAACUGGAACUGCAGGAAAAGUUUUCAGAAAAAUGCAGGCAGAAAAGGAAACUCGAUGAAAUGUACGAUGAAGCAAGAAACGAAAUUGAGUCAUUGAAGCGCUCAGCAAUUCAGCCAGCAAACAAUUUCUUCUCUAGAACAGAAACUGAUCUGUUCUCAGAUCCAGCCAGAAGGUUGGAUAACAGAGAUUCGAUCAGGACAGAUUGGUCAGCUCUCACUCCUGACACUCCAGGGCCAAGAGAUGACAUGUGGUCGACAAGACGCAACAAUUCUAACUCCACAUUUGACAUGUCUGGUGGCUCACCUGCGAAACAGUCGGCUAUUCCUGCUGAAACUGGUAAUCGAGUACCAAGUUCUCACCCUUCUUUUGGCACUGGAGUUGGAUCACGCCCAGCAAAUCCUUCAAUGACUCUGAGGAAUCUUAUCCUUUCACCUAUAAAGCGGCCCCAACUCUCCCGUAGUCGACCUCAACUGUUCAUGUGAUGCUACAUUUGAAAAUGAAACUGCAACGGCUUUUACACAUGCACCGUGACACUAACGUAGGAGUAACUUGUUCAACACCCGAUCGUCGUGAGAGAAACUAGAGCACAAAUUAGGAUACGCAACAUUGUGAUUUUCAUCUGCAAACUACUUGUGGAAAAUCGUACAUUUAUAGUAUGUGUAUGUAUAUGUAUAUUCAUUCGACACGUGAUAACAAAUGGGGUGACAAAUAUACUUUCAA